GGAGGCAUCGCGCCCUCGGCGGCCGGGCCCACGCUGGCUCGAGCCGCGCCCUGGCUUCGCAGGAUGCAGAAGCUACGGAGACUGAACUUCUUCGACCGCCACGUGGUGAAGUCGGAAGGAGCCGACCUCCACGUCGGCGUCCAGAAGCUCAGCAUCGCUUGCGCCGCCGGAGGGCCGGACCACCUGUGGCUCGGCAGCCGCAGCGGUGAGGUGCGGCGCCUGGACCGACACUUCAGCCUAUCGCAGCCAGUGUCGACCUACGACAAGGAGUUGCUCGACCUGAAGGUUGCCAGAGGCGGUCAGCGGUUGGUGGCUCUCGGAAACGACCUGGCGGCCACAGGAGCCUGCAAGCUCAAGGUCUUCGACGCCGGCAGGGAGGAGCUGGUGCUGCUGAACUCACUCCGCGUCUUCCCGGCCCGGGCGCAGGAGCACAGGGCUUCCUGCUUCGCCACCACCUCCGGCCUGACCGUCCUGGCCGUCGGCGUCGACACGGGCGUGGUGUAUCUCUUCAAGGGCCGCGACCUCUCGCAGGACAAGCCGUUCCCCACCGUGCUGGGCGGGGAGGGCGGCCCCCCGAUCACCGGCCUCCAGUUCCUGGAGCAGGGGUCCCGGACGGUGCUCUUCGCGUGCAGCAUGACGGCCGUGCGGUGCUGGGCGGUGCAGAGCGACGCGGACAGCGAGGUGAGGCUCCUGAGCGAGGAGGGGAACAUGUCCGCGAUGCCGCUGGAGGGCGAGAAGAUGCUGCUCACGAGAUUCGGGCCCUACUUCGUGGCGGUGACCGCCGAGGGUGCACCCGGGGGCCUGGGCGGGACUGUCGCGUCCUCGCCCUCUGCCAUGCCGAAGCAGAACGUGGUCGUGUGCCGCGACUGCAUGUCCGCGCAGAACAGGACAAGCAUGCGGUUCAUCGCCUACACCGGCCAGUUCACCGACAUCAUCCAUGUCACCGAGGGCAUGGGGAGCAUUUUCGUCCUCUCGCGGGGCGGCGCCGACGGCAACACGCUGCUGUUCGAGCUCCGGGAGAAGGCCCUUCCGGAGCAGCUCGACAUCCUCCUCAAGAAGAGGAUGUUCGAGUGGGCGGCCGAGGUCGCCAUACAGGGCGGCUCCCCGGGAGAGACCGUCGCGGACAUCUACAGGCAGCACGGGGAUGCCCUCUUCGAGAAGCGCGCGUACGACCAGGCGCUGGUCGUCUACGCCAAGACCAUCGGCCUGGGGCUGCCCCUCGAGCCGUCCUACGUCGUCGAGCGCUACCUGGACGCGCAGCGGAUCGGCCACGUGGCCCGCUACCUCAAGGCUCUGCACAAGGAGAAGCUGGCCGAGCGGGAGCACACCGCGCUCCUGCUGAAGUGCUACACCAAGCUCAAGGACUUCUCGGCCCUGGAGGAGUUCUUGGAGACCACGCCUCCCUCCCAGUACGACCCGGGGACCGCCAUCGAGGUCCUCGAGGGCGCUGGGUACUACGGCCUCGCCGCGGACAUCGCCCAGAAGGCCGGGCGCCACGAGGAGUUCGUCCAGAUCUCCCUGGAGCACUUCAAGGGCUACGCCCAGACCGUCGACUUCCUGAGGACCCUCCGCAAGAAGGAGGCGGGCAAGAUCCUGCUGCAGCACGGCCGCCUCCUGAUGAGGCACGCGCCCGAGCAGACCGUGGAGGUUGUGAGGGACGUCUGCGGGCUCGGCGACGGCGGCCCCAGGGCCGAGGGCUCCGAGGACGACCCGCCUCCCCCGGUGGACGAGCUGCUGCCAGUCUUCGUCGACAGCCAGCCUCAGCUGGAGCUCUUCCUGCGCGGCAUCCUCCUCGCGUCCGGGAGCUGCCCGCUGCCCCACGCGGAGGCCGAGCGCUUGUUCCCCACCCUGCUGGAGCUGAUGGUGCGCGCCCACCGCGACGAGCGCGACGAGGACCGCCGCCAGAAGCUGCACGCGGAGGUCAUGCGCCUCGUGCGACAGUACCCCAGCGAGGAGGCGCUCGUGAGCACCCUGAUGACCUGCCAGACCUUCAGCUUUGUCGACGGCUUCUUCUACGCCGCCGAGAAGCUCGGCAGGUUCCAGCUGCUGAUGAGCUGGUGCUUCGAGCGACGCGACGCCAAGCGGCUGCUGGAGGUGUGCAAGCGAUGCGGCUCGGUGGACCAGAGCCUUUGGGUCCAGGCUCUCUCGUUCCUGGGCUCCGACGAGGGGGACCACACGGAGGAGAUUGGCGAGGUGCUGCGGCACGUGGAGGAGAGCGAUCUGAUGCCGCUCCUGAUGGUCAUCGAGACCCUCCAGCGAAGUCCACACACGACGGUGGGGGCCGUCCGGCCAUACCUGCAGGGCCAGUUCCGGAGGCUCGUGGAGUCCGUGGAGACGUCGAGGGGCCGAGCAAAGCAGGACCGGCAGGAGAUCGCCCGGAUGCAGCAGGAGAUCGGGGAGCUGCGGACACGAGCCCAGGUCUUCCAGAACACGAGGUGCUUCCAGUGCGGGCUCUCCCUGGAGGUGCCCGCCGUGCACUUCUUCUGCGGCCACUCCUACCACUCCUACUGCGUGCCGGCGGACGGCGGCUGCCCGAAGUGCGCCUCGGAGGCGCUGCCCAAGAUCGCGCUGAAGGACCAGCGCGAGGCGCAGGCGAGCAACAGGACUUCUUCAAGUUCCUGCAGGGGGGCGGGGGCGAGGGCGGCAUGCAGGCCAUCGCCGAGUGGUGCAAGUUCGGCGCCUUCGACGCGCCCGGAGCCGGCGCGGGCGUCGGGAGGCGCAGCUGGGACGCCUGAGGGCGGGCGCGCCGGAGUCGAGCGUGGAGCCGCGACGCGCCACCCACGCGCACGGCACAGC